UUUUUAUUUAGGAUGGAGGCGACAAACUUGGCCCUGUCACCGCGAGAGUCAAUCAAGUCAAGAUCAGAUCACAAAGCCUUGGAAAUGAGCAGUAAACCGAACCAAGUUGGUACAGUCCUCUUGUACGGAGUGCCGAUAGUAUCUCUCGUCAUUGAAGGCAUGGAGCGGUUGUGUCUCGCUCAGAUCUCGAACACUCUCCUAAAACAGUUCUCCUACAACGAGAUUCACAACCGUCGCGUGGCUUUGGGAAUCACCUGCGUUCAGUGUACGCCUGUACAGCUUGAGAUACUGAGACGAGCAGGUGCUAUGCCUGUUUCUUCGAGACGAUGUGGUAUGAUAACGCGUCGCGAAGCUGAGCGGCUCUGCAAGUCGUUCUUGGGUGACAAUGCUCCGCCACGAUUACCAGACGAUUUUGCGUUUGCUGUCCAUCACGAAUGUGCUUGGGGUUGUAGAGGAGCUUUUUUACCAGCCAGGUAUAACUCAUCAAGAGCGAAAUGCAUUAAAUGUGCUUACUGUGGCCUGUUUUUCUCCCCAAACAAAUUCAUCUUCCAUUCCCACCGAGUGGGCCCCGGGGACAAAUACGUGCAACCUGAUGCAGCUAACUUUAACUCCUGGAGAAGACAUAUGAAGCUUAGCGGCAGCCCGCCGGUUGAGGUUGUACACGCGUGGGAAGAUGUCAAGGCUAUGUUCAACGGUGGGACUCGGAAGAGGAUGUUAUCAGCAGCUAGAAGGGUACCUAUGCGCAGGCCAGAAGUGGACCCUGAGGCAAAAAGAGCUGCAGCCAGUCCUCCCAGUGCCCACACACCUGUACCAAGACUGGCUGAUUACGUUUGGGGAGCGAGAUUGCCGCUGCCGUACGCAAUACCCUGGCUUAAACCUACUCUAUGGUCCCCUGGUGCUCUCACGGCGCUCAGCGGCGUCAGUGCUAUAGAAGAACCGCGAGCGUUUCGCCCAGUACGCUCGCAUCGAUUGGAGUCACCACAACUGUCCCCUGUCGUCUCACCCCAACGAUCGCCGAAUAGGUCACCAGCAACAUCGCCAAGACAGACCCGGUCGCCGCUCCGUUCACCCGUGCGGUCACCGAUCCGGUCUUCAGUUCCCUCUUCCCCCGCCCGCUCCUCGAAGAGUGACCGGGACAGCGAUGAAAGCGUUGACAUCGAGACCACUGAAGAAGACCAGGCCAAAGAUGUGAGAUGUUCCUGGCCGUGUCGCUCGGCACCCACUCCCCGCCCUGAUGACUGCUGGAGUGGGCUCGUGCCGAAGAUCGAGAGGGAGGAGGACCGGGAACCCUGGCGCCUCCCUGACCUACGUCCACCCUUGCAUUACAUGCAUGAUCGUGAACGUGACAGUUGCGCUGCUUGUGUACCGCCUUUGCCGCUACUACCGCCACCUGCACCGGCGCCCCAUUAACUCUAAGCAACGGUCUAGAAGUACAAGAAGUAGUUGAUAGAUGACACUGUAAAACAUUGUUGGCAUAUUAUAAUGUUGCCAUACGCUUCGAUAACAACAUACCUU